AAUUAUCCCCCUAACAAAAGUUGGAUAUUUUUUCCCUCUCUAUACAUACGGACCCUACUUACUCCUUUCUACUUUCCCUUCUCUAAAGACUUAUUACAAACCCCAUUCUCUAUGUCUGAAGAACUCCGUGAAUUCUACUACCGCCACCUCUUCCAUGACGGCCACCGCCAGACCUCCGCCGCCACCUCCACCGCUGCCCCAUUUUCCGGCAGCCUCUUCCCUGCCGCCACCCCACCCCAACCCCAAACGUUCGACCCCAACCCUUACCUUAGUUUCUCCGAGAUUCUCCAUGGGACUUCGGACCACAACAAGUAUAUCCUCCCCGAGACCUUCGCCGGAGGCCAUAAAUCGUCGCCGGAGGCCGCCACCGGAGGCGGCGGCAGUGGCGGCGAACUGCCCGCCACGCCCAACUCCUCCCUGUCGUCAUCCUCCGCAGAGGCGGCCGGGGGCUUCGAAGACGAGUCGAGCAAGGGUAAAAAAGUAGGGCAUCAAGAGGACAUAUCAAAGAAAGAGGGUAAAGGGAAGACUAAGAGAGGGGAAAAGAAGGAAAAGCAAGAGAGGUUUGCUUUCAUGACCAAGAGUGAAGUUGAUCAUCUUGAAGACGGGUAUCGAUGGAGAAAAUACGGGCAGAAAGCCGUCAAGAACAGCCCUUAUCCCAGAAGCUAUUACAGAUGCACGACACAGAAAUGCUUGGUGAAGAAACGCGUGGAGAGAUCAUUCCAAGACCCCUCGAUUGUGGUCACCACCUACGAGGGGAAACACAAUCACCAUGUCCCCGCGAACCUCCGUGGGCACGUGGCCCGCAUGCUUGCCCCAUCGAUGUUCGCCUCGUCUCUAGAAACUUGCGGCCCAAGCUUUCCGCAGGAACUCUUGCUCCACCAGAUGCCCGAUUACCUCUACGGUUAUAAUAACAUCAAUGGCGGCAGUUCCAACAAUUUGUACCAUGAACGCACGCCGGCCCCGCAUAACCCUCACCAGUUUCAACAGUUUCAAGAUUACGGACUCUUGCAGGAUAUAAUUCCUCCCGUGUUCCCCAAGCACGAGCCUUGAUUGAUCGAAACCCUAGUAAUGUGGUUUUUAUAUGCAUGAUGAUGUUUUUUUCUUUUCUUUCUUUUUUUUUUUU